GACAGGACCGUCCCCUGAGCCCCAAGAUGCUGCUCCUGGCCCUGCUGCUGCUUCAGUUGGGGACGGGGUCCCUGCAGAAGAAUCAGUCUUACUGGCUGCAGAUGCAGAAGGCGGUGACAGUGCAGGAGGGUCUGUGUGUGCUUGUGUCCUGCUCCUUUACCUACCCCGAGGCUGGCUGGAACCACUCCACACCUACCUAUGGCUCCUGGUACAAGACACAGAAGAAUUUCAAACCUGAUGCAAAAGACAAUGAUCUCGUGGCCACAAACAACCCAGACAAGAAAGCAAAAGUGAAGAACAAACUUCAUUUCCGGCUCCUCGGAGACCCCCAGGCUAACAACUGCUCCCUGAGCAUCUCCGAGGUCCGGAAGGAUGACAGUGGAACAUACUAUUUUCAUCUAGAGCAAGGAGAUGAGAAUCACACUUACGAAAGUAACCUGCUCACCCUGACUGUCACAGAGUUGACCCAAACCCCAGACAUCCACAUCCAGGGGCCCCUGCAGUCGGGCCACGUCAGCCACGUGACAUGCUCCAUGCCUGGGGCCUGUGACUGGCCCACGGCCCCCCGUAUCACCUGGGCUGGGGCUGCUCUGAGAGCAGCGGGGUCAGGCCUGGAGACCUCCACCUCGGAGAUCCUGCUCACGCCCCACCCCGAGGACCAUGGCACCUACCUCUCCUGCCGAGUGACCUUCCCCAGGGCUGGUGUGUCUUCAAACAGAACCGUGCAGCUCAGCGUGUCCUAUGCUCCUCAGAACCUGACCAUCAGCAUCUCUGGAGCAGGUGACCCAGGUAGGCGGGGUGUCCCUCUGGGGCUGGGCGGGGACAGGUGUCUGCCAGCAGGGAGCCGAGCCCCGCAGCAGCCACCCCAGGGAGGCUCCCUCUGGACGGACCCUCAGCUCUUCCUUUCACCACGUGCAGUUAGAAGGAGGCUCACAGCACAAACGACAGUCAUGGAAGUCAUCAGGAAUGGCACGUCCUUCCCAGUCCUGGAGGGCCAAAGCCUGCGCCUGGUCUGUGUCACCCACAGCAACCCCCCAGCCAGGCUGAGCUGGACCUGGGGGACGCAGACCCUGAGCCCUGAGUGGCUUUCAGACGCUGGGGUCCUGGAUCUGCCCCGGGUGCAGACAGAGCAUGGAGGAGAAUUCACCUGCCAUGCCCGCAGCCCCCUGGGCUCCCAGCACCUCUCCCUGAGCCUCUCUGUGCACUACCCCCCAAGGCUGCUGGGACCCUCCUGCUCCUGGGAGGCCCAGGCUCUGCUCUGCAGCUGCUCCUCCCGCGCCUGGCCGGCCCCCGCCCUGCACUGGCGGCUGGGGGAGGGGCUGCUGGAGGGGAACAGCAGCAAUGCCUCCCUCAGGGUCACCUCCAGCUCCGCGGGGCCCUGGGCCAACAGCUCCCUGAGCCUCCAAGGGGCGCUCAGCUCCGACCUCAGGCUGAGCUGUGAGGCCCAGAACGCCCAGGGCACCCAGAGCGCCACCGUCCUGCUGCUGCCAGGGAAGCCAGAGCUCAGGGGAGGAGCUCUUCUGGGGACACUGGGGGCUGCUGGUGGGGUCGCUCUGCUCUCCCUCUGUGCCUGCCUCGUCUUCUGGUUAAAGACUCGCAGGAAGAAAGCUGCCAGCCCAACAGGAACUGCACAACAGGACACCCCCGUUGACCUGGGCCCUGUCUGUGGGCCCCAUCAUCCUCAUUGGAUCCCGACUCCUGCCCCACUUCAGGGUCCCAAGGAUGCAUCCUGGUUGGACAUCCUCUCACAUGGUCCCACCCCUGCUGAGGCCACGCUGGCUGUGGGUGAGGAGCCAGAGCCCCAGGAGCUGCACUACGACUUCUGCACCUUCCUGGAGUUGGAGUCUCGAGAGCCCAAG